GCGCAAGAUGCCCGGCUCCUCCCUCCGCUCCCGCGCAGGGGAGCGGGCAUAGGGCGGCAGAGUCAGACACGGGCUGCCUCGCCCCCUGGGCAGAUCCUCUGCCCGCGGGUGGAGGGCCGGGGGCCGGGAGGAGGCGGGCAGUCCUCCCUUCCCUCCUGUCCCUCCUUCCUCUCUCCCCUUCGCUCCGGAGCCCGGAGGCGCUGCGGGCGGGGGAUACCACCUUCCCUCCGCCGAACUCCCCGCGUGGUGGCGCGGAGCAGCGCGGUGCAGUGCGGAGCGGUCCCGGCCAUGGGGCUGCGCGCCGCAGGGCUCAUCGGCUGCUGCUGCCUGCUGCCCAUCGUCCUUCCCGCAGCCCCAGGCAUAAACUGUAGAACUGGCUGCCACCCAGAGAAUGGAUUUUGUGAAUUUCCCAGUGAAUGCAGGUGUCAACCUGGUUGGCAGGGUGCUCUUUGUAAUCAGUGUGUUCCUUUCCCUGGGUGUUUGCAUGGCAGCUGCACCAAACCCUGGCAGUGCAUCUGUGAGGAGGGCUGGGUUGGCAGCCUCUGUGACAUAGAUAUUCACCCCUGUUCUGCAAAACCCUGUACCAAUAAUUCAACGUGCAUAGAGACUGGUGAUGGAGGAUAUAUUUGUCUGUGUGCCCAGGGAUUUACAGGAAAAAACUGCCAUCUCAAAAAAGGACCCUGCAUUAUUAAUGGCUCUCCCUGCCAGAAUGGAGGAACGUGCAUUGAUGACAAUGGUUUUGCACCACAUGCUUCCUGUCUGUGCCCUUCUGGUUUUGCUGGUAACUUCUGUGAAAUAGAGAGAGAUGACUGUGAAUCCAACCCAUGUGAAAAUGGAGGAACAUGUACAGAUAUUGGUGUAGGUUUCAACUGUUUUUGUCCCCAUGGCUAUACAGGAAAACUCUGCAGCAGCCAUGUCAUGCUCUGUGCAAGUGACCCAUGUGAGAAUGGAGGGACAUGUAGUGAACAUCCCCAGGGAGGAUUCAGAUGCAUCUGCAAACCACAGUUUGUUGGUGCAACUUGUAAACAUCCCAGCCAAAACACAAGCCUUGCUGGAGUGAAUAUGGAGACAAAGCAUACGCAGAAUUACAAGCCAUCCCCAAAAGCUUUUCACAGAUCUGUGCAUCAUCAACAAGAAAUCCUGAAAAUAACAAUGAAAGAAACAAUCCAAAACACAGAUCCCUUGCUCAGUAGAAGCCAGGUGAUAUGUUUUGUUGUACUGGGCUUGCUUACGUGUCUUGUUGUCUUGGGCACAACUGGGAUAGUGUUUUUUUCAAAAUGUGAAAUGUGGCUUGCUAAUGCCAAAUAUAGUCAUCUCCUACGCAAGAAAAAGAACUUUUUUCUGAAAUCUAACAAUGGAGAAAACCUCUCAAUUAAUAUUAUCUUCCCAGAGAAGAUCAAAUUGACAAAUUACACUAAGAACUACACUGCCAUCUAGGCCCUUGAAAGCUGAGCAGCAACUUGUAACUUUCCUUAGCAAUAUGUAAAAUAUCAAUAGAUUGAACAUAUUGCCUGUGACUGGCCUCAAUAUUUGUGGGUACAUUUGCUGUAGCUUGCGCUGAGUGAUAAUGAAAAAAUAUAAUGUAUCUGUAUUGUUAAGGAUUUUUUCAUUAUCCAAAAUAAAAGUUGGUGGUUUUUUUUUUAAAAAAAAGGCAUCAAAGAGCAGGGAAUGUUAAUUUGAUUUCUUUUCCAGGCAGCUAAUUAUUUUUUAAUAAAGAUAAUUUACUACUGGAACUGUAUUGCAGCUUUCUUGUCCUGUGCAUAGUUUAUUUUGAAAAUGUGGUAAAUGCUGUAAAUUAUUCAGUAAUGCGUGCUUUUUUUUUUUUUUUUUUUUUUUUUUUAUAAACAGCAAUUAAGGUUAUGCUGGUUUAUUUAUUCAUUUGUAAACGUUAUGGUACGAUGAAGUCCACAACAAGUGUCUCUGCCUAAUUCUUCUUCUGCCUGUUGUAAGGACUUUAGAGAUUGCAAUCAACAGGAGCACAUUCACAACAUAAAUUGUUCUAGCUACAUAUAAAAAUGUUAAAAAGGUAUUCAAUGUCUUUGGUCAUACUUUCUGUAAAGAGACCUGGCAGAGAAGUAAAGGAUCUGACUCAGACUUUUCUGUAAGUAUUCCUAAAGGAACUCUGCCAAAAUAGUAUCCUUUAUGCCUAUGUCACAGGGAGAAAUAAAAAGAUAAAGUGUGUCACCUGUAA